AUGGCUCCGUCCAACUCAUUCUGCCGCACUGCGGCACUUCUCAGCACCGUGGCGGCUUCUGCGCUUGCAGUUCCCUACGAAGAAUACAUUCUUGCUCCUUCCAGCCGUACGCUGCACCCGGUCUCGGUCUGGAAGGUCAAUGGUACCGUCUCGGGCGCCGAGAGCGUGACCGGUGACGCCCUGGGCAGCGCGACCUUCACCGACGCCUCGGCCAUCACCUUCGACUACGAGAAGAACAUCGCCGGUGUCGUCUCAUUGACUGUGGGCGACGUGUCGGACGAGAACCAGUACAUCGGCAUCACCUUCUCUGAGAGCUCGCUCUGGAUCUCGGGCGAGGGCAGCGAUGCCACGGCCGAUGCCGGCAUCGACGAGACGCUGUGGUUCCAGCCCAAGGAGGCGGGCGUGUACACCGUGCCCAGGCAGAACGAGCGCGGUGCGUUCAGGUACCUGAGCUUGGUGCACAACACCACGGGCAGCUUGGAGGUCACGCAGGUCACGACGCAUUACACGGCUAUGCCGCACUACGCCGACGACCAGCUUAGGAAUUAUACGGGCUACUUCCACUGCGAUGAUGAGCUACUGAACCGUGUGUGGUAUGCCGGCGCAUACACCAACCAGAUCUGCACCAUCGACCCCAAGUAUGGCGAUUCCCUCAUCUACCUCAACAAGAUCACUUCGAACAUGAGCUCCGACGACGUUGGCUCCCUGCCGUGGUAUGUCAACUACACAAUCACCAACGGCACCUCGGCACUCGUCGAUGGCGCCAAGCGUGACAGACUGGUCUGGGCUGGCGAUAUGGCCAUCGCUGUGCCUGGCGUCGUCGCUUCGACGAACGACCUGAUAUCCAUACAAAACUCUCUCAACUCGCUCUUCGACAUCCAGAACAAGAGUUCCGGGCAGCUCCCGUACGCCGGCCGGCCAUUCACUUACAUACUUUCGCACACGUACCAUCUUUACACGGUCAUUGGCGUUGCCGACUAUUUCUUGUACUCGGGCGACAUGGACUAUCUGCAGAGCAUGUGGGACAGCAUCAAGCUGGCCAUGGACUUUUCUCUCAGCUUCAUCGACUCCAGCGGCCUGAUGAACGUGACGUCGGCGAACGACUGGCUGCGCUUCGGCAUGGGCGGGCACAACAUCGAGGCCAACGCCAUCCUCUACUACACCAUCAACCAGGUGUCCAUCCUCGCCUCAGCCCUCAACGAGACGGACCUCCUCAGCUCCUGGUCCACGACCGCCUCGGGCAUCAAGGCCGCCGCCAACGAGCUGCUCUGGGACGCGUCGUCCGGGCUGUACCGCGACAACGAGACGACGACGCUGCACCCGCAAGACGGCAACGCGUGGGCCGUCGUGGCCAACCUGACGCUCAACUCGACGCAAGCGGCGCAGAUCUCGACCAACCUGGCGGGGCGGUGGACCGAGUACGGGGCGCCGGCUCCGGAGGCGCACGACGCCAUCUCGCCCUUCAUCAGCGGCUUCGAGCUGCAGGCGCACGUGGCGGCGGGCAACGCAUCGGCGGCGCUGGCCCUGACGCGCCUGCAGUGGGGCUUCAUGCUCGACGACCCACGCAUGACCAACAGCACCUUCAUCGAGGGCUACAGCACCACCGGCGACCUGCACUACGCUCCUUACAACAACGACCCCCGCAUCAGCCACGCCCACGGCUGGGCUACCGGCCCCACCGGCGUCCUCACCUUCCGCGUCGCCGGCAUCCAGCUCACCACCGCCGCCGGCGAGACCUGGCGCGUCGAGCCGAGCUUUGGUGACUUGACCCGCGUCGAGGCUGGCUUCUCCACUAACCUCGGCGCCUUCAGCACCAACAACACGAGGGACGCCGACACGGGCGCCUUCAACAUUGCCUUCGAGACGCCCGAGGGGACGACUGGCGCCGUGAGCGUCGAGUACCCGUCUUGCGCCGGCACCUUGACGGUGAAGCCCGAUGGUGGGUCGGAGGCGGAGACGGUGACGAAGGAGAUUGAGAAGAAAGAAGACAAGGCUCUGGCUGAGAGAGUCGAGGUCGAUGGCUUGAGUGGUGGGAAGUGGACCGUCGAGUUUGCUUGCUCUUCUUGA